UCGCGGGAGCAUGGGGAAGGUGAGGGGGCUGCGGGCCCGCGUGCACCAGGCGGCGGUGAGGCCCGCGGGGCCGGCCGCGUCCGGCCCCGCGCCCCCGACCCGGGAGGCGGCCCCUGCGCAUGCCGCGGCCCGCGGGGUCGGCGCGAAGGAAUGGGCUUUCACGAACACUGAUGUUUUUGCUGGGACUAAGAUAGACCCCAGCGCUUUGGUGCAGAAGCUGGACCCGGACACAAGGAGCGUGGCUUCCGUCAGGAGAGGUGUGGAGGCCGGGGCUGUUUUGCCCAAGAAGGAGAAAAUGAAGCUGCGGCGUGAGAAGUGGCUGCAGAAAAUCGAAGCCCUAAAGCUGGCCGAGCAGAAGCGCAAGGCAGAGCGGAGACGGAGGGCCACGGUGGUGGUGGGGGACCUGCAGCCCCUGAGAGAUGCCCUCCCUGAGCUGCUGGAGCUGGAGGCUGGCAGUCGGCAGCCACGUGCCAGAGGGGUGAGCAGCAGGCCCCGCCCCGCCGAGUUGAGCCGCAUGAGCGCCGCGCAGAGGCUCCAGCUCCUGGAGGAAGAAAGGGCUCGGUUUCGGGAGCUGCUGGCUAGUCCAGCCUACAGGGCCAGCCCCUUGCUGGCCAUCGGGCAGCAGCUGGCCCAGCAAAUGCAGCUGGACGGCGGCAGCCGGCUCUGAUCUCUGAUGCAGCCUGGAGACGUGCUGUGAGCUCCAGGGAUCCACCCCUUGCUGUCCUUGCCGUGAGCCUGGCAGGAGAGCCCACCAUGAGAAUGAAUGAAGGCACGAUCUCGGGCGUUGGGAUGGGGGCAGUUCCUCUGGGCCCCCCCACGGCUCCCUGGGCUUCCUUCCAGACUGCUCUUGGGUUUCUCUGGGCGGGCCACCCAGGAGGCUGCCCACGCUCCCUCGGCACGACCCACCACCCAGCAGGCUCUGGGGGUCCCCAGCUCCCCUGCAGCCCCAAGAUGCAGUCGUGGUGGGUUCUGUGGGCGCUUGCUGCCCUCCCGGUUCCCAGGGGCUCCUGUCUGCCCUUCUUGGGCCGUGGUCCCUGAGCUCCUCCCUGGCCUGCUCCCCACGGUGUCUCCCUUUGGCUCCGAGCCCAGGUUGCUCCCCACCUGCCCUUGUGAUUGAGGUGAGCUGGGCUUGCCGGAGUCCAGCAGUCUGGACACUGGGAGCAGGCCUGGUCCCGCCCUAGAGCGACACAGCCGACCCGGGAGCAAGGUGGCUGUUGACUGUUAGAAGCCUGGGGUCUGGGGGCCAGACUGCGGGAAUAGACUUCACACCUAAGGGCCUGGGCUUGCCUGGGGAGUGGGAGUUGGGAGUGUGUGCUGUGUGGGGACUCACUGCCCAUGUCCUGCGGGGUCAGUGGUGGUGGAUGUGUGGCCCGGAGGCCUGGGCACCCACGGCAGCAGCUCUGGACCCAGUGAGCGCCCUGUCACUCUUGGGGCCGGGGCCAGGAUACCCAGCACCCCUUCACAGGCUGUGGUGUGGGGGUGGGCACCAGCGCAUCCAGGCGCCAGGCACUCUAGGCUUUGUGGCUGAACCAGCGUGAGCUCCAGUUAUGUCCCUGACCUCUGGUGCCCUGGUCGGCAUGCUCGCGACUCACGGACACCCAAGCAGCGUCUACCAAGGCUAUCCGGCCAUGGGUGGCUGAAGGGAUCUGAGCCCAUGCCCCGCCCCCAUUGGGCUUCCUGGGCCUCUUCUGUGCACAAGAGCACACAGUGUGGGCGCCUCCCAGGAAUGGGACAUGGAAAGGGACAGAUGUGACCACUGAGGCUGUAGGUGGGAGCCUGAGUCCCCUGGGCCGGAGGUAAGCACGGCCGUCUCGCCAGGACUGCCACCCCUUAAGUGACGGUGCACUGUUGUCCUCAGUACAGAAACCAGUUCUUGGUAAGGGAGAUGAGUUGUUUAUAAAGUGGUAUUUGUGACAAACUCAUUUGUGCAAUAAAUAAGUGCUGGGAGAAACAGAGUGGGGUACAGGUUGCCCGGAAGGUGAUGCAGGCACCUUGAUGUUUCUCCGUCAUGUUUUUCCGAAUGUCUGAGUUUGGUGACACUGACUGCAAGGCUGGUACGUGUCGUCUGAAGGGAAAAUGUACUUCUUGGCCUCCAGCAACUCCAGUGUGGCCCCGGCCGGGCCACCUCGGCUCCCCUUGUGCCCUGGCUGCCCGGGAGCGUGUGUGCCAUGGGAAAGGGAGGGGCCGCACGGACAGGGGGCGGGCUGCUCUUGAGGGGGUGAGGCACGUGGGCUGUGCCGACCCCUGGCCUCAGAACUCACCCCAGGAAGAUCACCAGAGAAGCCUCGAACGUGUGGGGACCUCAGCCCCAGAGCAGAGUGCCGGGUCCCAGUGACAGGUUACAGGAGAGUCCCCCUGGGUGUCCCCUGGCUGUGGCCAGAUGCCUACCGCCGAGCAGGCAUGUGUGUGGUUUCUGAUGUGUGUGCCGUGGGCACGACUGCCGUGGUGGCAGGUGUAAGUGGUGAAGUGGAACAGCUCAUGGUGUUUGUGCCUCUUAAACCCUGUGCGCUCCUGCUGUGCAGGGGUGCGUGGGUCUGUGUCUCUGGCACCUGCCCGUAGGGUCCUGCCUGCCCUGCCCGCAGGCUCACCUCUGAAGGUCCCCUGGCUCCCGGCCAGAAAUCUUCAAGACCCCUUUUUAAAAGUACUCCAGCAACCCACCUGGAUCCUCCUUCCCCAUGAAACACCCCUCUCCUCUGCCCUUCUAGAGCCCCUGGUUGGUAGGUAUGCUGUCCCCUUCUUUCGGUGGACGUGUGCAUCGGUUGUCAGCUGCUGUGGUACCUGUGUAACCGACGUCCCCCAGACGUGCAGCCAUGUGUUCUUCCCACGAGCCUGGGCCAGGCUGGACUCCUGCCUGAGGCACCCACUGAAUUUGUUUCUUGGGGAACAGACUAGCAGAUGGGGUGACUUCAGCCCCUGGGAAUGCACUCUCCCGUGGAGCCUGGUCAUGCCGGCAGGCCCACGCCGUCUCCGGAGGCCUCCAGACGGGGGCAGAGACGGGCAGUCCUGUUUGUCAGCUCCUCUCGUGCCCCCGGCUGGUGGCUGCAUCACUCCUGUCCGUCGCUCUGCCUCCUGUGAGUCCCUGGGUCAGGGCCCGCCCUCCUGCAGGAUGACCUCCCCUGAACUAAUUCCUUUGCAAAGAUCCUAUUUCCAGAAUGGUUGCAUUCUGAGGUUCCACGUAGAUGUGAAUCUUGGGCGAUGCCCUGGGUCUGGGGGGAGGUCGGGGCAGCAGGAUUCUCGGAAGCUCCCAGGUGAACCGAAGAUGCACAUCCAGAGUUGGCUACCGCUCGCCAAGUGGGGCGGGGAGGAGGUGAACUUGCCUACAGGGCAAAGCGCUGGGUGUUGGGAGGCUUCAUGGGGUGCGACGUUGACACGGGCCAAGGACUGGAAGGCGUGGGGCAGUCGUGGACGGCAGAGCACUGCCCUGGGGCUUUGGGUGGGGGGCUGGGGUCCCCUCGUGACAAGGGCCCCCUGCUGCCCCACCCCUUCCUGUGCUCCCCCAGACGGCACCCCAGCCAUUCUCUCUGGCAUGUCUGCCCUUGUCCUGCCCGGUGUUAAUAUGUUCUCCGAGCUGGCUUGCUUCCCCCAGGACGGAAACGAUGGAGGGCAGGGUGUGCUUUGCGCUGCUGGGGGGUCAGCAGCCCCACGUGGCAGUAAAUGAAUGAACCAGAGGCAGGAAGCAGUGGCCUGCGUGGGCCCAGGUGACCAAGCUCAGGGCCCUGCUGGGGUGGCCUUGUGUCUGCACGCGGUGUCCAGUGGGGAGAGGGUUCCUGGGGGCGCGGACUCAGGCGCCUGGAGGGGAGGAAGGAGUCGGUAUGAAUGCACGGCCCUCCGGAUCCGUUCUGGUUCUGGGUGUGUCUGCAAGCCGCAGGCCUCUGAGGCAGGCCAGCAGGGCUGGGCUGAUGAUGGCUCACCCCGUCUGUAUGGAGCUUUGUCAAGAGGGGCCUGGGUCUGGUGCCGGGCGGAUGGUGACGCGUGAGCCUGAUGCAGCCCCACAGCCUCAGCGUGCCGGCCUUCACGUGGACUCGGGCUCCCUUGCUGCUUCAGAGACUGUCCUGGACAAAGACGGGCGUCAGUGCCGGGCAGCCGCAGCUGGGUGGUGAGUCAGGCACAGGCAGCCGUGCCUCUCAGGGUUCCGUGUUGCUUGGAAGUCAGGUGUUGUGCGAACUGCUCUUGGAAUGCUCUUCAUGCAGCGAUCACACGGGUCCGUGACCGCUGCUUGGGCUGAGAUGUUGGAGCCCAGCCCCUGCCUGGCCCCAGUGGGUUCUGGGCCACCACCCCGUGACCUGGGUUCCAGGGUGCUGCUAUCAGUGCAUGUCUCCAGGAUAUCGGGAGAGCCAGCCGGCUCCUGGAGAUAGCAAGACGCCAGCCUUCCGGGCCUUUCUCUGAUGUCCCGUUCCUGGGCCAGCUAGUCCCCUGCUUCUGGACCUGAGACCCUCGGCCUGCGCGGACAACCUCCUUAUUUUGGAAGUCAAACAGACUCAAUAAACUGCAUUUUCUUCUAAAGGUGUUAAAAUAACAUGGGUUACAGUGAUAAUUACAGACGUGUUCUGGA